UGGGAUACCUGUAUAUUGAAUUAUGGUAGCAUCAGCAUGUGGUGCCUAUUCCUUUCACUAGAAUUUCUGGGGUGCAUUUGGCAUUAUGAAUUAUUUUUGAAACAACUCCCUGAAAGACACCAGCUAUGAGUUAAAUGUGACAUUCUAAUGGGGUGAAAGUGACAGAAAAGGACACACAAACAAAAAAGCAGAAUGCUUGAACUCAUUUUCUAAACCCACAAUUGUUUUAUUUUCUGCCUUUGCCUCCCCUUCUAAUCCACCUCGUAAAAGCAGGACAUUUCUCCCCCUUUGCUUUCACAAGUCUGCACACAAUUGAAACAGAUGAGAAAUAAUGAAAAAAUGCUGACAGAAUGGAAAACAAGCAAGCUGCGGCAGUGAGGAGGUGGGGCCCUUUCAUUUUAUUUAGUUUCUCCCCCAAGCAGUUGGGGCUUGGAAUCAUAGAACAGCGAAGUUGGUGAGUUAUUUAGGAUGCAGUGGGAGAGCUGAGAACAUUCCUGCCCCUCUUUCUGUUCCAAAACCAAGAAACAUUUCAUGCAGAAACUGGGCAGAGGACCAUUUGAACAGAGGACAAUCUUUGGUGCUUCACACUCUUUCCCAUACUAUGUACAGGAGCAGCUUUUUGCGUGAAAUUCGCAAGGAGAAGUAUGAAAGGUCAGACACUUAUGAGGAGCUGCCAGAAUCAUCAGAAUUUGGCAGCCUGGCCCAGGCCCAAGGCCUGGAAAACCUGCAGGAGCUCAAUGAGCGCUUUGGCAAUUACAUCAAUCGGGCGCGGGUACUCGAGCAGCGCAAUGCCAUCCUCCGCAAGCAGCUUGAGACAUUCCAGCGCAUGGAAGAGCUGUCCGGCUUAGAAGAGGCAUUCACUGCUCAAAUAGAUCACAAUCGCCAGCGUGUUCGUGAACUAGGCACUGAGAGGUCCAAGCUGUCGCGGGAGGAGAAAGAUGCCCAGCGCAUGCUGGAUGAAUUUCGUAACAAAUAUAGAAAUGAAUGUGAGUAUCAGCAGAUGCUGAAAACUACUCUUGAGCAGCUUAAUAAGGAAGCUGAUGAAGCUCUGUUGCGUAAUUUGGAACUACAGAUUGAACUGCAGUUCUUGCAAGAUGAUGCUAAUUCUACAAAGGACAGAUACAAGAAGGACCUCAUGGAAAUUCAGACGUAUGUCAGCAUUUUACAACAGAUUGUGCAAACAAUCCCCCGGGUGUCCAGCCUGACAGGUGAAGUCAGUGAGGAGAGGCUGAUAACUGAGAGGAAAAUACCCAUUCUUCAGGGUCAGUUAGAAGAAUACAAGAGUGUCCUUUGCCAGCUCCAGGCUCAAAAAAUAAAACUGCAGACAGAGACAACAAUGCUGGAGCAGGCGAUCAAGAGCACCCAGGAGAGCUACGAGGAUGAGAUCCAGUUGUACAACGAGCAGAUUGACACUCUGAGGAAGGGCAUAGAAGAGGCAGAAAGGACCCUGGAAAAAUACACCAAUGACUGCCGUCAGCUCUCCAUUUAUAAGCAGUCCCUGGAGAAUGAACUAGAGCGUUACAAACGUAUUAUUGAGAAUGAAGAUAGUAGGUUGAAUUCUGCUAUUGUUGGAACCCCUGUAACACUCUUCACGCCGACAUACAGACCCCCACAGGCUCCAACCUUGAGAGGGAGAGACAUUACACUGGUUAUACAAGAUAUAGCUAGUGCAAAGCCAAGGCAAAGAAGUCUGCCCAAGAAGACAUCAAGGCGAAAAGAGAUAACACCUAAAGACCUUACCAAUGGUACACAAUCAGAAAAAAUAUAUGGCCAACCCCUAGAAGGCUUAGAUCAUGAUCAGCAGGAUUUCAAAUAUGAGGGAUUAGUAGUAACAAGUGAACAUGGGCAUGAUGAUAAUGUUGAAGAAGGAACACAGCAAGAAAGAUUUGUAGAUGAUGUACCUGAUGGGGCACAGAUAAGCAGCGCUUUUGAUAAAUUGUGCAAUAUAGUCAGAGACAGAAUCAGAUGCUAUCAGAGACCAGAAGCUAAAACAGAUUUCUAUACUAAAGGGCGUUAUGUCCUUGUCACAGGAGAGGGCAGCUAUGAGGAACCCAGUUUCAUCUCUUCACCCAUUCCUUCUUCAGGUGAGAUCACUGUUUCUGACAGUGAAGGAAAGAUGCUAAAUGAAAAAGAUGUACAACUCAAACCAGAGUUGCCCGAGCCAUUUGAGCAUGACAAAGGUGAACCUGAAGCCUACGAAACACCAGAGGGGCCCAAAAGUCAGGAAGAUAUAAUUGGUACCAUACCAACUGCAGGAAUACAAGAAUACAGACCAGAACGCAAAGAAAAGGAAGAUGUAGCUGAACAGCUGGAAAAGCCGGAAGAAAAAGGUGCAGAGGCAGGAGUUUAUGUCAGCAAAGAAUAUGACAGAGAAAUCAGUUUUUCUUUCAAGGACCUGAGCCCACCAAAUAUCAUGAGUUAUGAAAAGGUGGAAAUGAUGGAAUCCAUUGAAAAAUUCUCAGAUGACAAAGUACAGAGCUAUGAAGAAACAGCUAUGGUUGUGGAAACCAUGAUUGAGAAGACCAGCAAGAAGAGGAUGGGAGACAAGAGCUCUUAACAUGCUCCUUAAGACAGACAAUGUGUCCAGUUCAGACUUAUUACAGCUAUGACUUAUUACAGCUAUGAGCUAUGACUCCAUAUAUACUCAUGUAUAAGUCUAGAAAUUUUAGUCAAAUCACUUUUAAAAACCUGGCUUGGCUUAUUCAUUGGUCAACAUGAGUAGUACUGUUACUCUUAUCAAAAAAGGAAACGUGUCCUUCUGUGAGUAAAGUGCUGAAAGUCAAGAGCUUAGUCCCUCCCAGGAUAACAUAAAAGGAGCACCAAGCCCUUCUUCUCUUUCCACUGUGGCACCACUAACCUUUUAGAGUGCCUGGGUGGGGAAAUAUCAGCAGUGGCCAGAUGCCGCUGUCCCCAAGACAGUGUUAGAUCUUUCCUCUUUCCACAGAAACACUCUCAAUUAAUUCACAGAUCAUAUCAAAAUCCAUAAUUUUUGUCCCCAAUCCUGCCCUUGGUUUAUAUGAGGCCAACAUAUACAUGAAUAUAUAUGAGUGUCAUUCAAAAAAAUAAUUCCUCAUUUUUUAUAAUUUAUUGAUUCAAAAUAAUUGAAAGUUGGUAACUGUACCAAUGAAUGCUUCUUUUACAUGUACCAUUUUUCUUCAUUAUCUCCAUCAACUUGUAUGGUCUUACAUCAGCAUGAAACAAGUGCAUGUACUUGCCACCACCAGCUCUUGUCCUGUGUAUUUAGUCACCUCCAUUCUGCACCAAUUACGGUGUUGUCCUCUUAAAAGUGAGUCCAAUGCAAAGCUGCUUUAAAAGACCCAAAGAGAUGGAAAUCUGACGAUGCCAGAGCUGGACAUUUUGCAGAUGCGUGCCCAUGUUCUCAACUUGUAUGAGGGUGUGCUUUGCCAUGCUGGAGCAACAUUUUUGCUAGAUUCUUGCCAGGCUAAACUUGCCUUGAGGAACCAUUUUGCGUAGAGUUUCAAAUAUCUAAAAGCUUUAAUAAUUGAAUACACACUUCCAAUGCUUACCAAUAGCUUUAGGGCUAGUUAUUAUGUUGUGUCGAUUCACAUUCGCACAGUUCCACGUCUGGAGUAUCGACUGUGGCAGGACAUUCAGCACACAGCAGAUCACGGAGCUUGGUUUCUGCACUUCCCAAUGCUGAAACUCUCUUAGUGAACUGUCCAAUGGUGUUCCUAUCCACUGCACAGCUUCCAAACACUGCACACAAACAUUUAUGUUCACCACAUUUUCAUUUUCAUGAACCAAGAAUUCAACUAUAGCUCGUUGCUGUUAAUGGGAGUCUCCAACAGAGGCCAUUUUAACAGUUCACUACAUCUCCACCAUCUGUUGAAAUGACUUGAAACUCAGUAGAAAUUUCACUGGAGAAAUUUCAGAUUUCAAGCACAGAAGUUCAUUUUUCUAUCUUUUUUAAUGGAGGAGAAAAAAUGUGGGACAUUAUUUUUUGAAUGACCAUCCUACAUUAGUAACCUUAUGGAACACUGCUAGAAUGAGUGGUGUGAAAACUGUUGACUAAAGUAUAUAUCUUGCUUGAUUUCACCCCUUGAUAUGAAACUGGUUUUGUCUCCAUAGCAUUGUAUUUUUUCUAAGGUCAUCGGCCUAAUUCAUACAUUAUCCACUCUGUUAUACUGUUGGAAAGCUUCUCCUAAUCACCUCCAAGCUCAUUCACAUAUACCUUUGUAGUGGUAGUACAUGCAAGCCUCCAUUUGCAUGGUGGUUUCCUGUUAACAGCAAGAAUGGGCACAACCAGUGGAGAAAGAGGUUAGGGUUAUAAUUUAAGAGGAACAACAACAUUCUGAGCUCAUCUAUGCCAACCCCUACACUCUUGGUAUUUACUAAAACCUUUAAAGGAACUUAGUUUCAAACUGUUGCCCCAAUCCACGAAGAAACUGGCAAAUACAUUGUUGAGCUGAACCCUACUGGUUGGUUGCUAAAGAGCACACAGUAGGAGGAAAAACACAUCCCUUUCUUUCUUGAUCAAAAGAUCUUCUUGAACAAAACAUAAAUCAAGCUGGAUUGGGGCCAGUAUUGUUUGGUAUAAUUACAUUUAGAUUUGUGUGUCUGAUGUAGCUAGGAGAAGAGAUUUUUUUUUCCCUUGGAGUGCUUAUUAGAAAACACUGAUUUCUGCAUUUCUAAGCAGGUUCUAGAUAUGAAUUUUAGCUGGUGACGUGUAUUUUAUUUUUAUUUGAUAAGAAUUUGGCCUUUGAGAGGGUGUUUUCCAGAGGGUGGAUUUUCAUAUUACAGUACAUUGAAAAAAGUCAUUUGGAAGUAUGUUUACAUUGAAGAACAUAUGAUUGCACUUAAUGGAACUUACUACAAAGAAGGUUUACAUGCAAUUAUACAUUCAGUGGAUUAUUAUUAUUAUUAUUAUCAUCAUCAUCAUCAUCAUCAUCUUUAUUUAUACCCCCGUCUUUCUCCCUGUGGGGACUUAAGGCAGCUAACACUCCACACUAGUUUAAAAGGUGUAAUACAAAAGUUAAAAAACAAGUAAAUAAGUGUGCUAAAAACAGAAUUCAAAUACUGUAAAUAAUGGCCUUUAAAACUCAUAUUCCCCCCAAUUCCACCCAAAAAUAUUUAACAAGGCUGCAAAAACAGAACCAGUUCCAGGGGUAUCAAUUCAGAUCAUAGGCUAACUAUUCAUGGCAUUGUUCUGUGCAUUUAGAGGAGACUGGUGGUUCUAGUCCAGAGAUGUCCAAUUUAAAAUAAUCUGCUAGUGGCCAUCAUCACAUGUGGAGGAUGCUAAUUCCAUCAUUCCAAUUUUCUAACAAGCAUCAGAUAAUAUAUGGGUUCAUUCCUUUCAUACCUUAGUGCAGGUGAGAUGACUGGAGACAUGACAAGGAACUCAUUCUGGUGUCAUGUUAUUUUGAAGGAUAACCAUCGCAUUAUAUUGAUAAAUGUUUCACAUUUAAAAAUUGACAUUAUUUUUCAGCCCAAGUACCAAUGUUAAACACCGAAUGUUUUCAUCGCAGAAAUGCCAAGAGAGAGAAACUACCUGAACCUCCGUGGCCUAGGGGAUAAAGCCUUAUGACUUGAAGGUUGGGUUGCUGACCUGAAGGCUGCCAGGUUUGAAUCCCACCCUGGGAGAGCGCGGAUGAGCUCCCUCUAUCAGCUCCAGCUCCAUGCGGGGACAUGAGAGAAGCCUCCCACAAGGAUGGUAAAACAUCAAAACAUCUGGGCGUCCCCUGGGCAACGUCCUUGCAGACAGCCAAUUCUCUCACUCCAGAAGCAACUCUGGUUGCUCCUGACACGAAAAAAAAAAUCCAUAUAGAAACAUAGCUCAUUGAAAAUUUAAAGUUCUACUGGGGUUUCACAUUGUAUGUGGUACUUCAAAGAAGGAUUUUGCAAUUUUUUGUUAUUUACUGAAUAUCGAGGAGUUGGCCAUUAGCCUGAAGUUAAUUGUUGGGGAAUUUCGUUGCAGAGAAUGGUCUUGAAGCCUCUUCAGAAUAAAGAUUUUUUUGCUUGCUUAUUUCUAAA